UGCCAGCCCAGCCCACUCCUUCAUAAAGCCCUCAUGUCCCAGGAGCGAACAGAGCCAGAGCAGGAUGGAGAGGAGACGCAUCACCUCUGCUCGCCGCUCCUACGCCUCCCAGGGGGAGAUGAUGGUGGGGGGCCUGGCUUCCCGUCGUCUGGGUCCUGGCACCCGCCUCUCCCUGGCUCGAAUGCCCCCUCCACUCCCGACUCGAGUGGACUUCUCCCUGGCCGGGGCACUCAAUGCUGGCUUCAAGGAGACCCGGGCCAGUGAGCGGGCAGAGAUGAUGGAGCUCAAUGACCGCUUUGCCAGCUACAUCGAGAAGGUUCGCUUCCUGGAACAGCAAAACAAGGCGCUGGCUGCUGAGCUGAACCAGCUGCGAGCCAAGGAGCCCACCAAGCUGGCCGACGUCUACCAAGCUGAGCUGCGAGAGCUGCGGCUGCGGCUCGAUCAACUCACCGCCAACAGCGCCCGGCUGGAGGUCGAGAGGGACAAUCUGGCACAGGACCUGGGCACUGUGAGGCAGAAGCUCCAGGAUGAAACCAACCUGAGGCUGGAAGCGGAGAACAACCUGGCUGCCUAUAGACAGGAAGCAGAUGAAGCCACCCUGGCCCGUCUGGAUCUGGAGAGAAAGAUUGAGUCGCUGGAGGAGGAGAUCCGGUUCUUGAGGAAGAUCCAUGAGGAGGAGGUUCGGGAACUCCAGGAGCAGCUGGCCCGACAGCAGGUCCACGUGGAGUUGGACGUGGCCAAGCCAGACCUUACUGCAGCCCUGAAAGAGAUCCGCACGCAGUACGAGGCAAUGGCGUCCAGCAACAUGCAUGAAGCCGAGGAGUGGUAUCGCUCCAAGUUUGCAGACCUGACGGACGCUGCUGCCCGCAACGCGGAGCUGCUCCGCCAGGCCAAGCACGAGGCUAACGACUAUCGGCGCCAGCUGCAGUCCUUGACCUGCGACCUGGAGUCUCUGCGAGGCACGAACGAGUCCCUGGAGAGGCAGAUGCGCGAGCAGGAGGAGCGCCACGCGCGGGAGGCGGCCAGUUACCAGGAGGCGCUGGCGCGGCUGGAGGAAGAGGGGCAGAGCCUCAAGGACGAGAUGGCCCGCCACUUGCAGGAGUACCAGGACCUGCUCAACGUCAAGCUGGCCCUGGACAUCGAGAUCGCCACCUACAGGAAGCUGCUGGAGGGCGAGGAGAACCGCAUCACCAUUCCUGUGCAGACCUUCUCCAACCUGCAGAUCCGAGGGGGCAAAAGCACCAAAGACGGGGAAAAUCACAAGGUCACAAGACAUCUCAAAAGCCUCACAAUACGAGUUAUCCCAAUACAGGCUCACCAGAUUGUAAAUGGAGCGCCGCCAGCUCGCGAAACCAGCCUGGACACCAAGUCUGUGUCAGAAGGCCACCUCAAGAGGAACAUCGUGGUGAAGACUGUGGAGAUGCGGGAUGGAGAGGUCAUUAAGGAGUCCAAGCAGGAGCACAAGGAUGUGAUGUGAGGUGGGACCCAGCUGGUGGCCUCUGCCCCAUCGCAUGAGGGGCUCAAGCAGGAGCAGGAUAGUUGCUCCUCCUCUGCUGGCGCCUUUCCCCAGACCUGAGCCCCCGCCGCCCCAGCUGCUCCCCUCCCUCCUUGUCUCUAAGGCCAGCUAGCUGCCCUAGGCUCCGUCUGCAUUAGGCCUGCCAGACAGCACCCACCCAGCACCCAGCAACUCCAACUAACAAGGCACUCACUCCCCAGGGGCAGUCUGGAGGGGCAGGGCCAGCAGCUUGGGUUAGAAUGAGGAGGAAGGAGAGAAGGGGAGGAGGGCGGGGGGACCAGAUACAUCGCCCUCCACAUCCCUGAUCCCUGUUGUUAUGGCAACUGUUGCCAGAGUUGGUGGUUCUCUCUGGGUAUCUGGGAACUGUGCCUUUGAGUUUCCUCAGACUGCCGGAGGAAAACUGAGACUCAGGCAGGAGAGGGACGUCCCCACAGACAAGGUAGCCCUGGCCGGAGGCUUGUUUUGGUUUUUUGUUGUUUUUGAGGCAGGGUCUCCCUAUGCUGCCCAGGCUGGCCUUGAACUCCUGGGCUCAAGCCAUCUUCCCACCUCAGCCUCCUGUAUAGCUGGGAUUACAGCCUCAAGCCACCAUGCCCAGCUCAGAGGGUUAUUCUUCUAGACUGACCCUGAUCAGUCUAAGAUGGGUGGGGAUGUCCUGCCACCUGGGGCAGGCACCUGCCCAGAUCCCAGAGGAACCUCCUGAGCCAUGACUCAAGUGUCUCAGGCCCCCUGAGCUGCCAUCCAGGGAACCCGUCUGUGGGCACACUGUACACAGGUGGGAGCUUGAUUCUCAGCACUUGGGGGAUCUGUAGUGUAUGUGGAGAGGGAUGGGGUGCUGGGAGGGAUAGAGGGGGGCUGCCUGGCCCCCAGCUGUGGGUACAGAGAGGUCAAGCCCAGGAGGACUGCCCCGUGCAGACUGGAGGGGACGCUGGUAGAGAUGGUGGAGGAGGCAAUUAGGUCGGCGCUAGACAUCCAAGUGGGGGUUGUGGGUGACCAGUUGCACUUGGCCUCUGAGUUGUGGGAAUUAAGAAAGUGACUCAUCCUCUUGAAGAUGCCGAAACAGGAGAGAAAGGGGAUGUAUCCAUGGGGGCAGGGCAUGACGUUGUCCCAGUUCUAAAGGCCUUUUCCUUGCUGUGUCAUCCCAGGCCGCCCCAGCCUCUGAGCCCCUGGGACUGCUGCUGCUUUACCCCAGUAAGCCACUGCCACACGCCUGACCGUCUCCACCCCAGAGCGACCAGCUGCUUUUCCCUAAGCCAGGGGCCUCUUGCGGUCCCUUCUUACUCCCGUGCAAAAUGUAUCCAGUAUUUUAGGUAGCGCCCUAUUUUACAAUUUGUAAAACUGAGGUGCGAGCAAAGUGAAGAUACUGGCUCAUAUUCCUGCAGCCUGGAGGCCGGGUGCUCAGGGCUGACACGUUCCCACCCCAGUGCACCCACUCUGCUUUAACUGGGCAGACUGGUGGGCAGACUGGUGGGAUCUGUGCCCAGAAAUGGGACUGAGAGGGCCCACUUCAGGGUUCUCCUCUCCCCUCUAAGGCCGAAGAAGGGUCCUUCUCUUUCCCCAAGACUUGGUGUCCUUUCCCUCCACUCCUUCCUGCCACCUGCUGCUGCUGCUAAUCUUCAGGGCACUGCUGCUGCCUUUAGUCACUGAGGAAAAAUAAAGACAAAUGCUGCGCCCUUCCCCA